AUGGACAGGUCCUCGAGUACAUCUUCUUCCGGCAUCGGCAGAAGCCGCGCAUCGGAGUUGAAAGUGAGCUCUUCCACUCCUUUUGGGGUUGCUGCUCGCCGACUGAGCUUCACACCCAAACCAGGGCUUGCAGAGCGGGUUAAGGGGGGAGCUUCUGCUUUUUCACAGAUGUUUGAAUUUUUCAACCCAUCACCUGUGUUGUCUACUCAGACUGGGUCGGCACCUGCUUCCGAACAGUCUGCGUCAAGAGGGUCAACACCUUUCCGUCGGCAGAAGGACGGGUUGGCACUCAACUGUUCAGCUGAACAAGAGCGAAAGAUAGGGUCCACCUUUUCCUUCUCGCGAGUGCAGGCUGCCGGGGGGGCACAGGGAUCUAUAGGAAGGGAGUCAGGCUACUGGUCAUACGCUGCGCCGUCGCCCUCAAGUGCGGCGGACCAUUCUUUAGCCUUCCGCUCCAGAUGCGACCCGCAGUCGGCAUAUUUAGAACAUGAAUCCAAGAGUGGUAGUGUGAAACCUGCAGGGAGUGGCAACAUCGAACGGAUCUUAGGCACCAACCCCACGGCCGCUGGCAAAACAGGAGAGCCGGCCGCGCCAGCCAGCCUACGUCAAAUGGUUGCUCCCCCAAAUGAUGAAGAAUUAGAGGAAGAGGAGCAAGUGCAAGAUGAUGCAGAUUGGCACGAACAUGAGGAGGAGCAAGAUCCAGAAUACUGCAGUGGUGAUGUCGCCAAGGCAUUGUGGGAGAAGAGAGUUCCACAAACUUCGACUCAGUACCCUAUUUGCUCGCGAACGUCUAGAGAACGUUGUGCCUACACAACAAGCGAUGACUGGGCAAUUUUCGCCUUGCACAAUCAGCGCCUUUGCACUGUCCUCUUUCUGGCUCUCUCCGUUGCAGACCGUUACUCAGAGAGCAGCUGUGGCGUUCCUGCCACGGCAUUCGAGAGCUUUGUAUUCCCCAACCCUCCACGACAAUUCCUCAUCUCAGCCCGAGGAAGGACCUCUGGCAAUGUAGGUUUUGCGCCCCCGUCUUCCUCUAUAAGAAUGGGCACGUCGAGAAACGGAAAUCGAGGACGCUGUUCUCAACUAACACAGCAACAACUUCUCGACUUAGAGAGAAUGCUAUGGUUUGAUCCGGAGCCACGAUUGGAGAGGCCAUUCCGACUAUACGCGGAUUCCAAGACGUGUCUUAAGGGACGACUUUAUGACAUCGGGCAUAUAAUGAGGAGUGGCUGGUGA